GAUGCAAUGGGUUGAAUUCAUGAAAUCGGCAACUGAAAUUCCUCUGCUUGCUGCUAGCUGAAAGCGUCAAGUGCCAUCACGACGUUCGGAGUCUUGUUCGGAGUCUUGUUCGCAUCAUGGCGUUGCGCAGAGUGGGUUUUCUGCUGACCUUUUUGGUCACUGAGGGCUCAAUGCGGAACGAUGACUUCCCCUUCUACGAUCUGGGAACCGUGCCAGCAUGGCGUGACUUGGGCUCUCUUCGUGGGACCCAGUCACCACAUCAGUUCAAUAGGGAAAAGUACCACAAGCAGUUGAAGGAACUGGAUAUCGAACAUUUGUACGAGUCCAUUUCCAAGUUGAUGAAAGACUCCAAGGCAUUUUGGCCUGCUGAUGGUCCUCAAGAUGGUGACGUUGCCAGCUACGCUGGCCUCUUUGAAAGGUUGGCAUGGCAUUGCUCUGGCACCUUGCGUGUGGUGAAUGGCACAGCAACUGGUGGCUGUGAGGGAGCAAGACAACGUCAUUGGCCAGAGAACGAAUGGCGAGACAAUACCAAUCUGGACAAAGCUCGUGGUUUGCUUGGCCAAGUGAAGCACGAGUUUGGGUCCCAGAUCUCCUGGAGCGAUCUCAUCACAUUUGCAGGUACAACUGCCAUCAAAGCCAGUGGAGGGCCAGCAAAGAAAUUUUGCUUCGGUCGAAUUGAUGAUGUCGAUGGCAAGAGAUCCAUUCCACUUGGAGUGGAGGGAGUCAAAGAAUGCCGUGGCAACAAGUUCUGCAAAUCGAACUUUGAGUGUCCCAUCGCAUUCCGCUGGCCAGAACAAGACGAAGAUGACCAUUCUCAAUGCAACUUGACACAGCCAGAUCAUAGACUCCAGGCAAGCCAUUCGGUGGGUUUGAUCUAUGUCUACCCAGAAGGGCCAAAACUCAAAUCCUCUGCCAAGGGAUUCGUUGAAAAGCAGGUGCACAAUCGUUCCCCCCAGUUAAGCGCAUUGGAAGUACGAGAUACUUUCAAGGAGCGCAUGGGUUGGACAGACCGAGAAACUGUUGCUUUGAUUGGCGGGGGGCACACCCUGGGAAGAACUCAUGGCAACUGCAACCUGACUGGCACCAAAUGGGCCUCCCACCCUUACAACGAUGUGGGGCCUUUCUUUGAGGCCCAAGCAGGUUCGCUGAGGGGUCCAACUGAUGGCACCUGUGGCAAGGGAGCUUCAGCUGGCUUGGCUCAGAACACCGUUUCCUCUGGCUUUGAGGGGCCCUGGGCCAGGACUCCAUCGCAGUGGAACUAUGACUUCUUUGAUGCCAUGCUGGCUGAGGACUGGGAGCCGGUGAAGAGCCCUUUCGGUGCAGACCAAUGGCGCACCAAAAACCGACUGAGUCCUUAUGCAUCGACCAUGCGCCUGACAGCAGACCUAUCUCUAAUCAAUGAUGCAGAAUAUGCGGCCAUUGUGAAAGAAUAUGCUACAGACCAUGCAAAGUUUGAUUCAGACUUUGCAGAUGCCUGGUACAAAUUGGUGCAUCGUUCUGAAGACAACCCAUAUGAGAAUGACCUGGAGCGCAAAUUCGGUAUUUGCACCCAUUUUGAGUUUGUCAAGUGAGAUCAAGUGAGGCUCAAACAUCAUGUACAGACCCAGACCAGGGUAUCCUAGUCCUUGAUCAAUAUCUUUCAAGAAUCCAAUGGAUGAACAGUGGUAAAGUAUACAAUUGUCCGUUGUUUUCUUCGCUCAUGUGAAGGUGUCACCUGACGCUAGGCCGCUGGGUUGGACAUUUAAUUCUCAGAUGUAUAGGAACUUUCCGCUUGAAGGGGCGUGAAAGAGUCAAGUUCAACACCAUUUGUGUGUGGUCACCUCAUGCAGAGGGCUCCAAAA